ACGUCAGCAGAUGGCGGUAAUGCACACCAGAAGGUUGCUUGCCAACUGCCAUCAAACCAAUAACAAAGAAGAAGAAGAAAAAGUGACACGGAAUUUGAAAUAUUUCAGUCUAAAGCUUUUCAUUUAUUGUAGCUUUAUUUAGACUGCUGUCCACAGACAUGUCAUGUUUUGGUGGUGAUCCCAACUUCUGCCCAGAGUGUGGGAACGUUCUCCCUCUCCCAGGGAUCCUGACCACUAUCAGUUGUCCCCGCUGCUCUUUCUCCAGACCUGUAUCAGAGUUUUCAAAUCGAGAAAUUUGCUCUACGGUCGUCUUCAAUCAAGUGAAUAAGUCUUCUGUGGUACUAAAGAGCAGUGAGGACUCUGAAAUGAAGGGUCCUGUGAUCGACAGACGUUGCUCUCGGUGCAAUAAAGAAGGCAUGAUUUACCACACCAGGCAGAUGAGGUCUGCAGAUGAAGGCCAGACUGUCUUUUUCACAUGUAUACACUGCAGGUAUCAAGAGAAGGAGGACUCCUGAGAAGAUCUAAAUGAUGAGUUCGCUUUCAUCCAUGCUGUUGUGCCCUAGGCAAGAUAUUUCACCAAGUGUUGCCCACAAUACAGUGGAUAUAAAAGUUUACAUACCCUUGUGCAAAUGCCAGGUUUUCAUGAUGUAAAAACAAUAACAGCAAGACAAAAUAUUUCACAACUUUUUCCACCUUUUAAUGUGACUUAUAACCUCUUCAACGCAAUUGGAAAAAAACCCUGAAACAUUUAAAAAGGGGAACAAUAUGAAAUUAAAAUUAUUAAAAUAAACUGGUUACAUAAAUAUGCA